AAAGACAUCUUGGCCCCUAAGUUUUAGUAAGUUGACCUGUUUUCAACCUAACUCAACUCAACAAAUGUUGGCUAACCUUUGAUGAUUGACUCCACAUUUGGGUAAAGACGGUCAAUUUACCAUCUUGUGUGGUAACAGAUGAGAGUCGUAGAUGACCAUCCCUUGAAGUUUCCGAAUUUUGGAUUAAUACCCAGAACUCUCCAACUCUGAUAAUGACCAAUUUUCCUCCUCCUAGUCUUCCCUUCCUGUUGUUUUGUUGAACAAGUCCGUCAACUAUAUGCUGUUGACCGUUGAUCUAACUUGUAUCCAAGCAAUCUAAUGCUCGAAGUAUAGAUCUUUAUAAGUACCCAUUUGGGAAUUUAAUGUUUUUCCUUCUGGGUAUCUACUAGUUUGAUCAAUUAUUGUUCUCAUCCUCACAUCAGAUGCCGGAAAAACCCUAGUUUCUUGAGGUUUUUGUUGAUGGGUUUUCGUAUUGUAACUCUACAAGUUUGAUUUUCUACAUCUGAUUUAAGUUUGCAGCAACAGAGAGUUUGGUUUUCAGUUCAUGGGUCAUGUUCGGAAGCUUCGGAUGCUUCAAUCGCACUCUGGAGAUCAGUUUGGAGGUUUUUAACACUUACCCUCUUACUGAUUUACUCUGUUUUCAACUGGGCAGGUGCAGUUUUUAGAUGUUUAACUCUGAACUAUAUCAAGUUAGGAUUUUUCUUAUUUGGAGAAAUAGUGGGUUUUCUUUUUUGAACUCUGAAGCUGUGGAUGCAAUAACUGUAACUUCCAUGAAAUGUUUUUGAUUGUUUGUAUGUUCUAACAUUUAUGGCUUCACACAAGAAACCGCGAUUCAAAGAUGGGGCUUUUCGCCGGUUUCUGUCUCUAGUUUUGAUUACUUUGUUAGGGGUUAGUCUGCUGCUUUUUCUCCUUAAAACGAAUCCAAUUUCACAUAUAGUGACACGAUAUGCAAUUGAAAUUGAUCAAAGUCUUGGAUCGGUUGAUGACUUCUCAAGGGGAGAACUAAACCUCCCCAAACAGAAUGAAUUGUCGAUUUUAUUGGAAAAACGAAACGAAUUGCCACCAAGAAACUUGGAUUUAUUUCCGAAGUUAGCAAAGGAUCAUAUAACAAUUGUUCUAUAUGUUCACAAUCGGCCCCAAUAUCUCCAAGUAGUUGUUAAUACCCUUUCUAAAGUAGUGGGGAUUAGUGAAACUCUGCUCAUAGUUAGUCACGAUGGAUACUUCAAAGAGAUGAACAAGAUUGUGGAAAGUAUUAGAUUCUGUCAAGUGAAACAAAUAUUUGCCCCGUACUCUCCCCAUGUCUUUCCCAGUGGCUUUCCUGGUGUGUCACCAACAGACUGCAAGGAGAAAGAUGAUCCUAUUAGACAACAUUGUAAAGGGAACCCUGAUCAGUAUGGGAAUCACCGGUCGCCAAAGAUUGUGUCAUUAAAGCAUCACUGGUGGUGGAUGAUGAACACAGUGUGGGAUGGUUUGAAAGAGACUCGUCAGCACUCAGGUCAUAUUCUUUUCAUAGAGGAGGACCACUUUAUAUUUCCCAAUGCUUAUCGUAACUUACAGAUGCUUACAGCCUUGAAGCCAAAAAAAUGUCCUAGUUGUUAUGCUGUGAAUCUAGCACCGUGUGAUGUGAAUUCAAGGGGAGAAGGUUCGGACUGCUUGAUUGCGGAGAGAAUGGGUAAUGUAGGUUAUGCCUUUAAUCGUACUGUUUGGAGGAAGAUACAUAAGAAGGCAAGGGAAUUUUGUUUCUUUGAUGAAUACAACUGGGAUAUAACAAUGUGGGCAACAGUUUAUCCUUCUUUUGGUGGUGCUGUGUAUACUUUACGAGGGCCUAGGACUAGUGCUGUUCACUUUGGAAAAUGUGGCUUGCAUCAAGGCCAAGGGACGACAGUUUCUUGCAUUGACAAUGGCGUGGUGAACAUUCAAGUAGAAGAUAUUGAUAAGACUGGCAAUAUCAAUUCAAAUUGGGGAGUGCACGUGUAUAAGCAUCAAGCAGGGUAUCAAGCUGGAUUCAGGGGUUGGGGUGGCUGGGGAGAUUUAAGGGACCGCAAGCUGUGCUUGGAAUUUGCUAAGAUGUAUCACUUCAGAAACCCGUCAUCUUCUUCCUGAAGAGUUGUUUCUCGCAUUUUGGGUUUCCCAACUGUUGUAACCUGUGAGGUAUACAUUUGUGUUGUUGAGUUAUUUGAAGAACAUAAAUUACAUUUUUGUCAACGAUAUUCUUCAUAAUCAUUUUACCAUGUUUCUCAAAUGGAAUCAUAGUAUCUUUUAAUUAA